AUGUUCCUAAAACAAAGGGUCUUUACCCUAGUCUUCGAGGAAAAGGUGCUUUCACCGAAGAAAUCUACAGUCCAGGUAAAUGUAGGCUAUGCACUUUUUUUUCUCAAAGGUAAGCUAGAGGCACACAAUUUUGCACAACCAUGUAGGCUACAGAAGCAGGCACAGGCUUUAUGAGAUGUAAUUCUCUGGGAACAAGUUUAAACUGCAGAAGUAUUCUAAAUAUUGACUACCUUGUUUAUUGGUAUGCGAUAUACCAUUCAUUUAGAAUAUUGGAUUGAAACAUUAAUCAUAUUUAGUUGAUAAUUGUUUAAUACAUUUACAUUGUUUGUUCAACCUUUCCCUUUAAACUGUGACUAUAGCCUACAGUUAUUUCAAGUUCAUUUAUUGAGAAAUAAAAUAUUUAAGUCAAUAUUUAGACUGCUUCUGCAGUUUUAACUUAAAUUCACCCACUGUCGAAGAGCUGGGCUAUAUUUGAAGUAGUAUACCAGAAGACAAAGUCCAACACUGGCAGUCACUCCAACAACGUACAUUCUAUCUCACUGUAAGAUAGGCGUGCUUGGGGACCCGGGUUUAGUUGGCCCAGAUAGGUCUUCCCUAAUGACAUGACGGCCUUAUUUCUAAAAGCGACAUAUUAGAGGAAAGUAGUUUUAUUAUAAAACUUGUUAAAAUCGAAAGCUAUUUUAAUUGACUCCAUUAAUUGACUCCCCUUGUCACUUCAUGAGGCAGAUGAUGGCAAAGUAUUCCUAGUUGGGAAGGCUAGUAAAAUGUGCGUGCGCGCGUGCGCGUGCAUGUGUACGUGCAGUCGAUUUGAGUGCAAGUAAUGGAGACCUUUCAGACAACGUAACCUUGAUGUCUUCAUUAUGAUGAAGAACUGUCUGUGGGGGGAUGAUUUCAUUCCAUCCAUUAAGUAGACCAUCUAAGAGAGUCCUCAAGUCAAAUGUAAUUUUCAAGGUCUUUCUCUCCCUGCUAGUUAAUUGAUUGAUUAUUGGCACAGAUUGGCACCCAUAUAUACCCCUCAUCUGGUGCGCCAGUCAGUCCUGCACACCUUGAGGGCCGGAUUUGAGAAAGGUGACGCCCCAACCGUAUGUACCACUAGAGCAACAAGCUAGCUUUACGUAUACAGUGCAUUCGGAAAGUAUUCAGACCCCUUGAUUUUUUUCCACAUUUUGUUAUGUUACAGAGUUAUUUUAAAAUGGAUAGAAGAAAAAAAAUCCUCAUCAAUCUACACACAAUACCCCAUAAUGAAAAGUGAAAACAGGUUUUUAGAAAUUUUUGCAAAUGUAGUACAAAUAAAAAACAGAAAAGCCUUAUUUACAUAAUUAUUCAGACCCUUUGCUAUGAGACUCGAAAUUGAGCUCAGGUACAUCCUGUUUCCAUUGAUCAUCCUUGAGAUUUUUUUACAACCUAAUUGGAGUCCACCUGUGGUAAAUUCAAUUGAUUGGACAUGAUUUGGAAAGGCACACACCUGUCUAUAUAAGGUCCCACAGUUGACAGUGCAUGUCAGAGCAAAAACCAAGUCAUGCGGUCGAAGGAAUUGUCCGUAGAGCUCCGAGACAGGAUUGUGUUGAGACACAGAUCUGGGGAAGGGUACCAAAACAUUUCUGCAUCAUUGAAGAGCACAGGGCCUCCAUCAUUCUUAAAUGGAAGAAGUUUGGAACCACCAAGACUAUUCCUAGAGCUGGCCGCCCGGCCAAACUUAGCAUUCGGGGAGAAGGGCCUUGGUCAGGGAGGUGACCAAGAACCUGAUGUUCACUCUGACAGAGCUCCAGAGUUUCUCUGUGGAGAUGGGAGAACCUUCCAGAAGGACAAACAUCUCUGCAGCACUCCGCCAAUCAGGCCUUUAUGGUAGAGUGGCCAGACGGAAGCCACUCCUCAGUAAAAGGCACAUGACAGCCCGUUUGGAGUUUGCCAAAAGGCACCUAAAGGAAACAAGAUUCUCUGGUCUGAUGAAACCAAGAUUGGACUCUUUGGCCUGAAUGCCAAGCGUCACGUCUGGAGGAAACCUGGCACCAUCCCUACGGUGAAGCAUCGUGGUGGUUGCAUCAUGCUGUGGUGAUAUUUUUCAGCGGCAGGGACUGGGAGACUAGUCAGGAUCGAGGGAAAGAUGAACAGAGCAAAGUACAGAGAGAUCCUUGAUGAAAACCUGCUCCAGAGCGCUCAGGACCUCAGAUUGGGGCGAAGGUUCACCUUCCAACAGGACAACGACCCUAAGCACACAGCCAAGACAAUGCAAGAGUGGCUUUGGGACAAGUCUCUGAAUGUCCUUGAGUGGCCCAGGCCCAGACGAUCAAAUAUCUCUGGAGAGACCUGAAAAUAGCUGUGCAGCGACACUCCCAAUCCAACCUGACAGAGCUUAAGAGGAUCUGCAGAGAGGAAUAGGAUAAACUCCCCAAAUACAGGUGUGCCAAGCUUGUAGUGUCAUACCCAAGAAGACUCGAGGCUGUAAUCGCUGCCAAAGGUGCUUCAACAAAGUACUGAGUAAAGGGUCUGAAUACUUAUAUAAAUAUGAUAUUUCAGGUUUUUUUUAAAUUAUAAAUGUGCAAAAAUUUCUAAAAACCUAUUUUUGCUUUGUCAUUAUGGGAUAUCGUGUGUAGAUUGGUGAGGGGAAAAAAACGAUUUACUCCAUUUUAGAAUAAGGCUGUAAUGUAACAAAAUGUGGAAAAAGUCAAGGGGUCUGAAUACUUUCCGAAUGCACUGUAGGAGGCGACAGUUGACUUCAGGCCUUGACAGAGGUGAUGUCACCAUGCAAGUUUAAGAUGUUAUGUAACCAUUACCUCAGUGGUGGAAUAAGAUUUCCAACACAGUCCAAUUUACUGCAGCACUUCACUGAAUGAAGACUGAAGACUACUCUCCAUAUUGUCAAAGACUCCAGCCACCCUAGUCAUAGACUGUUCUCUCUGCUACCGCACAGCAAGCGGUACCAGAGCGCCAAGUCUAGGUCCAAAAGGCUUCUUAACAGCUUCUACCCCCAAGCAAUAAGACUCCUGAACAGCUAAUGAUGGCUACCCGGACUAUUUGCAUCCCUCUUUUACCCUGCUUCUACUCUGUUUAUUAUCUAUACAUAGUCAGUUUAACUCUACCCACAUGUACAUAUUACCUCAAUUACCUCGACUAACCGGUGCCCCCGCACAUUGACUCUCUACCGGUACCCCCUGUAUAUACCCUCCCUACUAGUAUUUAUUUUACUGCUGCUCUUUAAUUAUUUUGUAUUUAUCUCUUUUUCACUUAACACUUUUUUUCUUAAAACUACAUUGUUGGUUAAGGGCUUGUAAGUAAGCAUUUCACUGUAAGGUUUACACAUGUUGUAUUCGGCGCAUGUGGCAAAUAAAAUGUAAUUUGAUUUGAUAUCCUUACCACACCCAAAUAACAAAUAAUUUCUAUACUGAACAAAAAUAUAAAUGCAACAUACAACAAUUUCAAUGAUUUUACUGAGUUACAGUUCAUAUAAGGAAAUCAGUCUAUUGAAAUAAAUUCAUUAGGCCCUAAUCUAUGGAUUUCACAUGACUGACAGGGCACAGCCAUGGGAGGGCAUAGGCCCACCCACUUGGGAACCAGGCCCACCCACUGGGGAGCCAGGCCCAGCCAAUCAGAAUGAGUUUUUCCCACAAAAGGCUUUAUUAGAGACAGAAAUACUCAUCAGUUUCAUCAGCUGUCUGGGUGGCUGGUCUCAGACGAUCUCGCAGGUGAUGAAGCGGGAUGUGGAGGUCCUGGGCUGUUGUAGUUAUACGUGGUCUGCGGUUGUGAGGCCAGUUGGACAUACUGCCAAAUUCUCUAAAGUGACGUUGGAGGCGGUUUAUGGUAGAGAAAUGAACAUUACAUUCUCUGGCAACAGCUCUGGUGGACAUUCCUGCAGUCAGCAUGCCAAUUGCACACUCCCUCAAAACUUGAGCCCUCUGUGGCAUUUUGUUGUGUUAUAAAACUGCACAUUUUAGAAUGGCCUUUUAUUGUCCCCAGCAGAAGGUGCACCUGUGUUAUGAUCAUGCUGUUUAAUCAGCUUCUUGAUAUGCCACACCUUUCAGGUGGAUGGAUUAUCUUGGCAAAGGAGAAAUGCUCACCAACAGGGAUGUAAAAAAAAAUUGUGCACAUAAUUUGAGAGAAAUAAGCUUUUUGUGCGAAUGGAAAAUGUCUGAUCUUUUAUUUCAGCUCAUGAAACAUGGGACAACACUUUACAUGUUGCAUUUAUAUUUUUGUUCAGUAUAGUUAUCAUGUGGUUUGACUGUCUCUCUACUGUUGCUAUUCUUUUGCACAGGACCUUCAAGUGGAUCUGUGAACAGCCAGAAUGAAAUGGGAGAAGUUUAAGCCUCCAGAGCCAGACGAUCCCAUGUGCUGUUGUGAGUGUGAUUUGGACCCACAUGAAUGCUGCUGUGACUGUGACGAUCUGGAUGAAGCUUGCAGCAGGUGAAAUAGGUGGAAUGGGGAGGAUCAUGGCAGGACUCAGCAGUCCAAGUUCAGGUCUAACCAGUGCUUGACAUGGACUGAAAUAUGUGCCGGUAUUCAUUUUGGGUGCUGGUACUGUUUAUAUUUAGUUGCAGCAGCUCCACAAUACUUUUGAGCUAAUAUUCUAUAAAAGGAACAGGAGUUCAAGCAGUAGAACAUUUGAGGUGCUGGUAUUCAUCUCCGGUGAGCUCCUACCCAAGUCAAGCACUUGGUCUAACCCCCUGCCCUCUCUGUGUUUCCCUCUCUGUCAUCCCUACCCUUAUGUCUUUUCCAGGUGGCUGAAGGGUAAGCCUCAGAAACCUGACUGUGCGUUGCCUGUGUUUGGUGCCGUGAUGGACCGGCUGAGGUUGAGACUGUUAUCAGGGGACAGGCGGGUGGAGAUCUCCAUGGUCCCAGCUCUAGUGCUGCUUCCCCUGCUACUGCGGCUGGCAGCCCUGCACUUCCUGCUGGGCCUGGUCAUUCUGACAGCCCUGCCUGGCCUGGUUCUGUGGUACUACUACACCACACACAGGAAGAAGGGCCGCACCCUCUUCUUCCUCAGCCUGGCGCUCUUCUCCCUAGCCUACAUGUACUUCCUCUUCAUCACAGAGAUCCUACCUCGUGGGGACGUAAGUCACCUGCAGCUGGUGACCGUGACUACGGGUGUGGUUCUUACUCUUAUCUCUCUUGUGCGCACCAAGAGGGGGCCAGGCUUCGUGCAGCCUUCCCUGGCUGACACAGACAGCACCAGCACCAAUCAUUACCAACUGCCUGACAAAGACUCUGCCUCUCAGAAUGGAGUGGACCAGUCGGUGGUGCCAGCCCCCCCAGCCAGACCAGUGGAACAGCAGACACAGUCCCUGAAAGCAGAGGGGGCCAGGUGUCCUCUGUGCAAAGUGGUGCGUCCCCCUCGGGCGGGACAUUGCCGGAUCUGUGGAGGCUGUGUCCAGCGCCUGGACCACCACUGUAUCUGGUGAGUGUCAUUAAACACCUUUGUCUGUUGUGGAGGACCAGUCAUUUAGUACACCAUUAUUUGUGCAGCGACAGGAUGACUUGUGAAAAAUACCUUUCUGCAACACUCAGAUAACCACAGCCUGACUACACUUCCCUGCUAUACACACAUGCAAUAUUUUCAUCUCUCAGAUCCCCCACAAUUAUAUUUGCUCAACACUUCUCUUCCACACAUAAUCAUGAUCUCACUAAGUGUCAUACUGUCAGGCCAAAAAGACGUCACCAAAGCAGACCAGGCUGUAGAGACAUGUGUAGUGCCCACAGGGGUUCACCCUUCAGCAGGGUGAGGCGACCUCAAACCAGGACAAUCUGUUAUUUAUGGCAUUUAGAUACAUGCACCAACACAACCAGACACAUUUAGAGCAUGUAGUCACAUUCUCUCACAUUCAUGCUAAUUGUACUCUCACAUGUAAACACAGCAGAAGUUGGUCAUUUGAACUGAGGGUAUGUGUGUGUGUGUGUGUGUGUGGUGUUGUGUUGUCUUGUGUCUGUCACUGCUGAGGCAGGAUAAACAGCUGUGUGGGCCAGGCCAAUCAUCGCAGCUUCCUGCUGACCCUGCUCCUCUUCCUGUUGACCUCUCUGUAUGGGAUCAGUCUGGUGCUGCGCAGCGUGUGUCCUCAACAGAACCUGCUCACCGCCCUGCUCUACUGCCCUGGCGUCUACAGUCAGUACAGGUACACCUGGUAUUUGCUUAAAAUUUACACACAUGAAAAAUGUGUUACAAAAUGACAAUUGUAACUACAUAGUAAUUAUCUAAUAAUUACUUUGGGUUUAUUUAGCAUUCAUUGAAACAAGAACCACUAUAUUUAAGCAGUAAGGCUCGAGGAGGUGUGGUAUAUGGCCAAUAUACCACGGCUAAGGGCUGUUCUUAGACUGGACACAGCCCUUAGCAGUGGUAUAUUGGCCAUAUAUCACAAACCCCCGAGGUGCCUUAUUGCUAUUAUAAACUGGUUACCAACGUAAUUAGAGCAGGAAAAAUAAAUGUUUUGUCAUACCCGUGGUAUACGGUCUGAUAUACCAUGGCUGUUAGCCAAUCAGCAUUCAGGGCUCAAACCACCCAGUUUAUAAUACCUACUAUUUGGCACCAGGUAGUUACCAAAUAUUUUGAGUUACUUGAAAUAAGUACUAGAAGAUUUACUUAAAUAAUCAAUUAACUAAAACCAACUGAAAGAUAAAGUGUUAUGUUGUUUUCUAAGUGUAACUAUGCUCAUGCUGAUGUUUUCCCAGCUCAGCCCUGUGCUUCACCUGUGCCUGGUACAGCAGUAUUGUCACAGCAGGCCUGCUAAACCUGCUGGUGCUGCAAAUGAUCAAUAUCAGCUACAAUGUGACGGAGCGGGAGGCACAACUUGCACUGCGGAAGAAAAAUGGCCAGAGUCGUCCGUGUGGCCUCGUUGUCGACACAGGGGUCUACUCACGUGGCUUCUGCCAGAACUGGGCUGAAUUCCUGGCCAUGGGAGAGCCUGUUGAUAGACCAUCCUCCGUCCUCACUGACUUG